GCUACCAGGCCUACCUUCAUUUCCAUCUGAUUCCUCCCCAUGUUCUUCUUCUUCUUCUGCAAGACCAUAUAAUUAGAAGCAGGGAAAAUCAUGAGCUAUUCCGGAAAGAAGUCCAAGCGGCAAGAUGGGAAAGAAAAGGUUUCAUUCUUCAGGAUUUUCAGAUAUGCUGAUGGGAAAGAUGUCCUCCUCAUGCUUCUCGGGACGAUUGGUGCAAUUGGAGAUGGAAUGUCCACAAACUGCCUGCUGGUAUUUGCAAGCGAUAUCAUGAACACUUUGGGAUACAGCCCAUCCAGGCAGGACAGAGAUUUCAUGUCUGCGGUCGAAAAGUUCAGCUUGUAUUUUGUGUACUUGGGAUUGAUCGUGUGGGUGCUGGCUUUCAUGGAAGGCUACUGUUGGAGCAGAACUAGUGAGAGACAGGUGAUGAGGAUCCGUUACAAGUAUUUGGAAGCCGUCCUCAGGCAAGAAGUUAGCUUCUUUGAUUCUCAGGAGGCAAGCGUUUCAGAGAUUAUAGACAGCAUAUCAAAGGACGCUUCUCUCAUGCAGGAGGUUCUCAGUGAGAAGGUGCCACUGUUCAUCCUACGGUUGUCCGAGUUCCUCUCAGGCCUGGCUUUCGCCUUUUUCUUUUCAUGGCGUCUCUCCUUAGUGGCCCUCCCUCUUAUCACGCUACUGGUGAUACCGGGCCUGAUCUAUGGCAAGUACCUCCUCCGUCUGUCUCAGAAAUCUAGCGCAGAGUACGGGAAUGCAAAUGCUAUAGUGGAGCAAGCACUUUGCUCAAUCCGGACCAUCUAUUCGUUCACCUUGGAGAAUCGGACGAUCGAGCGGUACUCGUCGAUAUUGAGCAACACACUCCAGAUUGGACUCAGCCAGGGCCUGGCAAAAGGUCUGGCCGUUGGCAGCAACGGGGUGACGUUUGCCAUAUGGGGCUUCUUGGCAUGGUAUGGCAGCAGGCUGGUCAUGUAUAAAGGGGAGACCGGGGGCAAGAUAUAUGCAUCUGGAAUCUGCUUCAUUCUUGGUGGAUUGUCACUGGGGCUUGCCCUUCCAGACAUCAAAUACUUCACAGAGGCUGCUGUUGCUGCGACAAGGAUCUCCCAAAGAAUCAACAGAACUCCACAAAUUGAUGCGGAUGAUGCUAGUGGCACUGUGCCAGAGACCAUCCAAGGCAAAGUGGAGCUUUGUGAUGUCAGAUUCAGUUACCCAACUAGGCCAGAAUCCAUUGUUCUCAAAGAUUUCAGUCUCAGAGUUCCUGCUGGAAACACAGUGGCACUCGUCGGGACAAGCGGAUGCGGAAAAUCUACUGUGAUUGCUUUGCUGCAGAGAUUUUAUGACGUCCAACAUGGAGAAGUGAGGAUUGAUGAUAUCAACAUAAAGCGCCUGCAUUUAAAAUGGAUGAGAUCGAAGAUGGGCCUAGUUAGCCAAGAUCAUGCACUUUUUGGGACUUCCAUUAAGGAGAACAUAUUGUUUGGCAAGCCUGACGCAACCAUCGAUGAAGUCUAUGCUGCUGCCAUGGCUGCAAAUGCUCACAACUUUAUAGUGCAGCUUCCUCAUGGCUAUGAAACUAAGAUCGGCGAGCGUGGCUCUCAGCUCUCUGGAGGCCAAAAACAAAGGAUUGCCAUUGCUAGAGCGCUCAUAAAGAACCCUCCAAUCCUUCUUCUUGAUGAAGCAACUAGUGCCCUUGACUCUGAGUCGGAGAAAAUGGUUCAGUCUGCUUUGGACCAGGCUUCCAUGGGCAGGACCACCAUUGUGGUCUCCCACAAACUCUCCACCAUCAGAGCCUCCGACCAGAUCGCCGUCAUCGAUGGCGGUCAGGUUGUCGAGAUUGGCUGCCACAAUGAUCUCAUCAAACGUUCCAAUGGAACCUAUGCACGUCUCGCAAAACUACAAAGGCAAUUCAGCACUAAUGAUCAGGAACAAGAUGUCUGUGUUUCCUCUGUCACUAGAAGCAGCGGUAGAAGGUUUAGCUUAGACAAGUCCAGUCCAUACUCUAUGAUCUCGACCUUAUCUGAUGAUAACCAGAGUGCAUUUAAGCACAAACCACCUCCAUCUUUUGCCCGUCUUCUUAAAUUGAGCUCCCCUGAAUGGAAGCAGGGCUUAGUUGGUAGUCUUUCCGCAAUUGUCUCCGGUGCGGUGCAGCCCAUUUACGCGCUGACAAUCGGUUCCAUGAUCGCUGCCUUCUUUGUCCCAAGCCAUCAAGAGAUGAAGUCCUUAAUUCGCCUUUACUCGCUAGCUUUUUUCUCCCUCUCUGUGAUUUCCAUGAUCGUUAGUACUUCACAGCACUACUUAUUCUCUGAGGUAGGAGAGAAAUUAACAAGGAGGGUUCGAGUGAGCCUGCUGAGGAAGAUCCUAACGUUUGAGAUCGGCUGGUUCGAUGAAGAACAGAAUUCAAGUGCGGCAUUGUGUUCCACAUUGAGCCAUGAUGCCUCCACAGUGAAGUCUCUGGUUGCAGACAGAGUUUCUUUGUUGGUGCACACAAUUUCUGCAGUGACUAUAGCCAUCGUGAUGGGCUUGAUUGUGGCUUGGAAACUUGCUCUCGUGAUAAUUGCAGUUCAGCCUCUAACAAUCCUCUGCUUCUACACUAGGAAGGUCAUGCUCUCCAAAUUAUCAUCGGACUCCAUUAAAUCGCAGAAAGAGAGUACCCAAAUUGCUGCAGAGGCCAUUCACAAUCACAAGAUCAUCACAUCCUAUUCUGCUGUCGAUAAGGUCGUCUUCCAACUCUAUGCUCAGUCCCAAGCCUUACCCAAGCAAGCAGCAACAAGGAAGUCCUGGAUGGCCGGCGUCGCCCUCGGCACCGCCCAGUCCCUCAAUUUCAUCACAUGGGCACUCGAUUUCUGGUUCGGCGGCAAGCUCGUGAUGUCUGGCGCCAUCACUGCCGGCGCCGUCUUCAAGACAUUCUUCAUCCUCGUCCGCACCGGGAAAGUGAUUGCAGAGGCCGGAAGCAUGACAUCAGACUUGGCAAAGGGCUCGGUAGCAGUCGCGUCGGUGUUCCAGAUACUGGAUCGGCCGACCCAGAUCCCAUCGGCGGAAGAGAAGGGACUGAAGCUGCCGGAGAUCCGAGGCACAAUCGAGCUCACGGACGUCGGGUUUGCUUACCCGGUUCGGCCGCAGAACCCGGUUUUGGUGGGGUUCAACCUGAGGGUCAAGUGUGGCAAGAGCGUGGGUCUGGUCGAGCACGGGUCGGUGAGGGUGGACGGAGUCGACAUUCGAGAGAUGGACCUGGCUUGGUUCAGAAGGUUCACCAGCAUGGUCUCCCAAGAGCCGGUUCUCUACUCCGGCAGCAUUCGUGAUAAUAUCUUGAUCGGCAAACCAGAUGCCAGUGAGAAUGAGCUUGUGGAUGCUGCUAUGGCUGCUAACGCGCACGGUUUUAUCUGUGCUUUAAAAGAUGGAUAUGAAACUGAAUGUGGGGAAAGGGGUACGCAGCUGUCAGGAGGCCAGAGGCAGAGGAUUGCCAUAGCACGAGCCAUAAUAAGGAACCCUGCAAUUCUACUUCUCGACGAGGCCACAAGCGCGCUCGAUGCGCAGUCGGAGCAAGUGGUGCAGGAGGCGCUGGAUCGUAUAAUGAAGGGAAGGACAACCAUCAUUGUAGCACACAGGCUCAACACCAUAAAGAAUGUCGAUUCCAUUGCAGUUGUAGCUGAUGGGAAGGUGGUUGAGCAUGGAAGCCAUGCUGAGCUCAGGAGCAAGAAAGGUGUCUUCUUUGAGCUGUCCAGGCUUCAACCUUAGCCACUCCAGGACAUAGUGACUAGUAAGCUUCAUGACUGAGUAUAGAGUUCUACUAAUCAAGCUUGUUUGGCUUUUGGCUACAUCUUCACAAAGAGUAGUAAUGUUAAAAGUGCACUCAAGAUAAGUUUAGAGAUGAGCUCCAAAAAAAAGGUGAGGAUGUACCAGAAAGGUGCUUCUUUAUGUCAAAAAUUUUUCAAGCUUCUUUCCAUGUACCAGGGUGGAGCAGAAAACUUCAGGCGGAUGGGCGCCAAUAUGUAAAUAAGCAAAUGGCUAGUGCAGUAAUAUGAAAAUACACAAGUA